ACUUUUCCUCAAACACCGGAAAUACAGGCUAUACGGACUACCCAUCGGUAACGGAGUAGUAACCGAUGAUUUAUCCUUUAUAACGGCCUUUUUAAAGUCACGACACGUGGACGGGCUGUCUGUGUUUUUCAGCAUCAGUACAGUACAGUUUGGCUGACGUUUCCCUCUUUGCAAACCGAUUCAGUUUUCCGUAGUUGUCUGUCUUCAAGACAAUGGAGUCGCUUCGCCAUCACCGCCUGCAGCCUGGGAUCGGAUACGGAGCAAACCCGACUGGCACCCUGCGUGCUUCCCUGAGGCCCGGAGUGACCAGUCCCAUGUCCUCGCAGCCGCCCCCGGUCUCCCUGGCCGCGUCUGCAGGCCCGCCGCCGCCGCUGCCGCCUCUUCACAGCCUCGGGGCUGGAGUGAUCGGGAGCACGGGCUUCGGGGCCGUCGAAAUGGCGGGACUGGGUCUGUGCAAUCCCGCAAACCCGACGGUGCUGAGGGAGGCGGUGGAUGCUGUGGUCAGAAGCUUCGCCAAACACACCCAAGGUUAUGGAAGGGUGAAUGUGGUGGAGGCCUUGCAGGAGUUCUGGCAAAUGAAGCAAUCUCGAGGAGCUGAGCUGAAGAACGGUGCUCUGGUCGUGUACGAGAUGGUUCCGUCCAACAACCCCCCCUACGUCUGCUACGUCAGUCUGCCCGGGGGCAGCUGCUUUGGGAGUUUUCAGUUCUGUCCGACAAAAGCAGAAGCGAGGCGGAGUGCAGCUAAAAUUGCCCUGAUGAAUUCCGUGUUCAACGAGCACCCAUCACGUCGCAUCACAGACGAGUUCAUCGAGAAGAGUGUGUGUGAGGCUCUGGCCUCCUUCAAUGGAAACCGAGAGGAAGCAGACAAUCCCAACACAGGCAUCGGAGCCUUCCGCUUCAUGCUGGAGUCGAACAAGGGCAAAUCCAUGUUGGAGUUCCAGGAGCUGAUGACUGUGUUUCAACUGCUACACUGGAAUGGAAGCCUUAAAGCCAUGAGAGAGAGGCAGUGCUCUCGCCAGGAGGUGUUGGCACACUAUUCCCACCGGGCGCUGGACGACGACAUGCGCACACAGAUGGCAGCGGACUGGGUCAGCCGUGAGCACGUCGUCACGGGGACCAUCACCCGGGAGCUGGCGGUCACGGAGCGUGAGCUGGAGGAGGCCCGUCUGGCUGGCCGUGAGCUCCGCUUCUACAAAGAGAAGAAAGACAUUCUGAUCAUGUCUCUCGGACAGCCAGGUGGCUCCAGUACCACCACCCUGCCCUGCUGAGGGACGUCGUCAUAAGGUCUGAGGCAGUUUCCCAAACUCAUAAAUGGCUAAUAUUAUUUAUUAUAAUAAUUACUAUUAUUAUAUAUCAUCAUCCUUACGUCACAACAUCAGAUUGUGAAUCUUCCUUUUUGACUAAAGGUCUUAUUUCCUGUGUUUGUGUCAGGUGAUUUUUUUUUUUUAGGACAUAUGAAGUAAUUGUGAAAGGUACCGGUGCUGCAUCUGCAGAUUUUAACACACAACAAACCUUGGAUGUCAAAACUGAAUAAAGUGCUGUUUUAUGAAGCCUAGCUAUAUUAUACUGCAGUGUUGACCUCACCACUUAUUUGAAUGUAUUGCCUGCACUUGUGUUGUUUGUGUGUGCGUUUUGUAGAUGAGAGAGUGCAAGAGAGAGAGGCAGGGUGGUAAUAAUUACAGUCCUUACCACAAGAAAUACUGCGUCAUCAAAUCAUGUGUGUUUAAUGCAGAUUUACAUCCCUCCCAGUGCCAUAGAAAGUCCUUUAUAUUCUGCACAAAAAUUCAAUUCAGUGAAGAAAAAUACAAGAAAUGUGGCAUGAACGUUAACAGCUAUGGUCCUCCUAUGAAGCUAUUCUGUGUCUUUGUUCUGUCCAAACACUUAAUGCUCAUAACUGUAACUGGUGAUUGUAAUUGUCACUUAAUGCAUUCAUUACAAGAGGUGGUUUGUUUUGACUGAAGAACAAUUCUUAGCAGGGUUGGGUCAGUUUGGGAAUGAACUGAAUUCAGUUCUUGAAACUGGAACUGGAAUUUGAGAUCCAUGAGAAAAAGAAUUGAUUCAGAAAUACAUCUCCGUGAAUGUUCAUUUAAACUUACAGAAUCCGUUCUCUGUAGCAUGACCUCGCCAUUUAGAGUACAAGUAUGCCUUUAUCUAAGGAUUUUCAUAGGCUGACAAAUAAUGACCUCACAAAGAGCUGUUGCUACCAGUUUCUGAAUCCUGGUGAGAGAGGUUGGUUUGUAGACAUUAAUAUCUGCGUAUCGAUGGUCUUCAUCAAACUUUUGCCUCCGUUUUGCUAUCUCACUAUAGCUUUUGAUUUUAUCUAUGGAAAGUGGUCUGCUGUCACUGGGGCCUUCUCUGCUUUUGCGCAAAUUUUCUUUUCUAUUUCAGCUUGCAUAUUUGGUUUUCGCUGCCAGACGUGUUCACCUGCACGGCAC